AUGGCGGCGCGGCGGCUGCUCCCGCGCUGGGCGGGAUCGCUGCGGCCCGUGAGCUCCGCCGCGGCGGCCGCGGGGGCGUACCCGAAGCGAGUGAAGGUGGUGGAGGUGGGACCCCGCGACGGGCUCCAGAACGAGAAGAACGUCGUGCCCACCCCAGUGAAGAUCAGUUUAAUCAACAUGCUGUCAGAGACGGGGCUGCAGGUCAUAGAGGCCACCAGCUUCGUGUCCCCCAAGUGGGUUCCUCAGAUGGCUGAUCACACCGAGGUCAUGCAGGGCAUUAAUAAGUUACCUGGGAUCAGUUACCCUGUGCUGACUCCAAACCUGAAGGGAUUCCAGGCAGCGGUGGCAGCAGGGGCCAAAGAGGUGUCGAUCUUUGGGGCAGCAUCCGAGCUGUUCACCAAGAAAAACAUCAACUGCUCCAUCGAGGAGAGCCUGGAGAGGUUUGAGGAGGUCAUGAGGGCAGCAAGGGAAGCCAGCAUUCCUGUCAGGGGAUAUGUUUCCUGUGUCCUCGGAUGUCCCUAUGAAGGGAAGAUUUCUGCAGCUAAAGUUGCAGAGGUCUCCAAGAAGAUGUACUCCAUGGGGUGCUACGAGAUCUCCCUGGGGGACACCAUCGGCGUGGGCACCCCCGGCAGCAUGAGGGAGAUGCUGGCAGCGGUGAUGAAGGAGGUGCCCGUGGGGGCUCUGGCUGUGCACUGCCACGACACCUAUGGACAGGCUCUGGCCAACAUCCUGGUGGCCCUCCAGAUGGGGGUGAGCGUGGUGGACGCGUCGGUGGCCGGCCUUGGGGGGUGUCCCUAUGCCCGGGGAGCCUCCGGGAACGUGGCCACAGAGGACUUGGUGUACAUGCUGAACGGGCUGGGCAUCCACACGGGAGUGGAUCUCCAGAAGCUGAUGGACACAGGCACCUUCAUCUGCAAUGCCCUGAACAGAAAGACCAAUUCCAAGGUGUCUCAGGCCUCUUGCAGACUGUGACACGGAGUGAAAUUUCUCCUUGGCUCGAGAAGAAACCAAAGGUCCUCGCUGAUCUGAGUCUGGCUGGGAUUCCUCUCUGAUCUCCCAGCUCGGUGUUUGAGAGGAAGAUCAAAAUCCACCAGAAUUAUGAAGAAAUGAGAGAAUAUUCAGUUACACUGGCCCUCGAGGAUGUCACCGUGUGCCUUAGAGAAGGGAGGGCGUGGAGGGGCUGAGGAGGGCUCUGACAGAGCAGCACCCAGCAGCUCCUGCCUGCAGACCCAAGGGCUGACACAGAUUUGCAGUUAGAGCAGUGCUCCAGGUCAGGCUUUGCCCUUCCUCCCUUCCCUGCCUGCCUUUCGGAGCCUCCCCUGUGCUCAGCCUCGGGCCCCUCGGCCCUGCUCUGUGUAUCUGUUCUAAGAUACCUUGAAAUAGCAGGAGUAAUAAACACUUUAUUUAACAGUCUAAACUAUUAAAGAUUUGAUUCACCUGAA